AAAGAUCGAAGUAAUUUUAACUGACGAUGGCCUCUGCGUGCAAAAUGAGGAGAACGCUCUCAAAAGUGUUUUUAAUUGGAUUAACUAUGACCGAGAAGGUCGAAAAUUUUAUAUCGAGAAAUUAAUGGAACACGUUGAUUCGAAGCGCCUCAAAGUUAAAUUCUUAAAAGAUUAUGCUCUUACUGAACCGUUGCUCAAUAAGAAGCUGUUGCGUUCACUCUCAAAUAGGAAACGAAAAUUCGGAUGUUGGCCCAACGAUAUAAAAGCUCUAAAUCGCUAUGGCAUACCUUAUGUUCUCUUUGCCGGCGGAUCACACCACGCCUUAAAGAAGCCACAAAAAUACUGCAAAGUAUUUUAUAUAUCCAAUUACAGCCACUUACCUUUGAUAAAGUGUAGAAAAAGUCUAACCGUGUCACCAAUGAAAGAGCGUAGAACGGGUCUAACUACUGUUUUAUUAGAAAAUAAUGUAUAUGCUGCAGGCGGAUGUGUCAAUGAGGACGAGAGUCUGUCAACUGCAGAACGUUAUGAUGCUAUCAUAAACGAAUGGACCCCCGUUGCUUCUAUGCUUAUUGGUCAUUCUUUUCAUGGGGCUUGUGCUUACGAUGACCACGUUUACGUGAUCGGUGGCCGAAUAAACUCCAUU